CCUCUUCCUCCUCCUCCUCUUCAUCCUCCUCCUCCUCCUCUUCAUCCUCCUCCUCCUCCUCCUCCUCUCUCUGUUCCAGCAGUAAAGCAUCACAGAGCGGCGGAAGCAGCAGAUUCACUCAGCACAGCGGCGAGUUGCAUGAAAGUGAGGACGUCUGUUUUUCUGUUUCUUGCCUCAAUGUUUUUCUAUCUUCUCCCGUUUAAAGUCUGUUCAGUCGUUUUCUCGUCUGCCACUUCUUCUGCCGCUGGUCUCUGUCGGAUGGAGCAGGAUGAGGGCAACAUGCGAUCCGGUCCUCGCUCCAACUGGAGCAUGUAGACUCGUGCUCUCGUGUUUUUCAUUUUCUUCUCUCUGGGAAUAAGUAGGCCGGUCCUGCAGCUUUAAUUCAGCCUGUCAACCUCAUGAAAGGACAUUUUAACAGAUUCUGGCUUUUUCCUACUUCUUCGUUCAUAUUUGGACGGUCCGUUCUUCUCCGAUGGGCUGGCGUUAAGAGACGGCGUGCAUGGUGAAAACACUGGAGGUUAAACAAUCAUGACGUCGGCCAUUUAACCAGGAUGGACUUCUUCUUCACUCCUGCACUGGCCUCUUCAGCACCAAACUCUUCCCUGGACAAUGUCAGUCAAGCCUCCUCGUCCUCGUCCUCGUCCUCGUCGUCGAGAUCCCCGCCUCUGCCUCCUCACUCGCAGGUGGUGUCGGUGUCCAUCGCGCUGGUGGUCACGGUCAUCGUCCUGGGCACCGUGGUGGGCAACGUGCUGGUGGUGGUGGCCGUGUUCACCAGCCGAGCGCUGAGGGCGCCGCAGAAUCUCUUCCUGGUGUCGCUGGCGUCGGCGGACAUCCUGGUGGCGACGCUGGUGAUCCCCUUCUCCCUGGCCAACGAGGUCAUGGGCUACUGGUACUUCGGGUCCACCUGGUGCUCCUUCUACCUGGCCCUGGACGUCCUCUUCUGCACCUCGUCCAUCGUCCACCUCUGCGCCAUCAGCCUCGACCGCUACUGGUCCGUCACCAAGGCCGUCAGCUACAACCGCCAGCGGACGCCGCGGCGGAUCAAGGCGAUGAUCAGCGUCGUGUGGCUGAUAUCCAUCGUCAUCUCGUCGCCGCCGCUGCUCAUGAGGCAGAAAGAGGAGGGUCCGGAGGAGGAGGAGGAGGACGCCCGGAGGCGGGAGUGUCUCCUCAACAACCAGACGUGGUACAUCCUCUCCUCCUGCCUCGUGUCCUUCUUCGCGCCGGGGGUCAUCAUGAUACUCGUGUACUGCAAGAUCUACCGCGUUGCCAAGCAGCGGGCCUCCACCGUGUUCGUGGCGAAGAACGUGAUGGAGCGGCAGCCGUCGCAGUCCGAGACCUGCUUCGCGGGCCAGCGGCAGGGAGUCGACUCCAGGCACGAGCUGCGCAGCCCGCUGCCCGCCAACCGACGCAGCUCGUCCAACGUGGACAGCAACAGCAGCGGCCGCAGGAGAGGAGAGCUGGACGACAUCGAGCUGGAGGAGAGGAGCUGCGGCGCCGACGCGAAGGCCUCCUCCUCCUCCUCCUCGUUCUCCUCGUCGCUGCUCUUCCCCAGGAGAGCUGGCGGGAGGCUGAAGACGGAGGAAGGGAAGGACGCCGGGGACACGAGCAGCAGGUUGAAACCGCCGCCGCCUCCCUCCUGCGCCUCCAUAUCGUGGGCGUCGUCCGACCACUGCCUCCUCCCGUCCCCGGAGCCGCUGCGCAGCCGGCAGGCGUCGCUGUCCCGACACAAAGUGGCCCAGAUGAGGGAGAAGCGCUUCACCUUCGUCCUGGCGGUGGUGAUGGGCGUCUUCGUCCUCUGCUGGUUCCCGUUCUUCUUCACGUACAGCCUGCACGCCGUCUGCCGGGAGAGCUGCACGAUCCCCGACGCACUCUUCAACCUGUUCUUCUGGAUCGGCUACUGCAACAGCUGCCUGAACCCCAUCAUCUACACCAUCUUCAACCGAGACUUCAGGAGGGCCUUCAAGAAGAUCCUGUUCCACACGCACAAACGGACAUGAGACUACGAGAGCGCGCACGUGUGUGUGUGAUCGUGUGUGUGUGUGAUUGUGUGUGUGUGUGUGUGUGAUCGUGUGUGUGUGUGUGAUCGUGUGU